AUGGCUGCCAUGUGGUCUCCAAUCAUCGCUCUCCUCUUGCUCCUGCUCCCACUCGUGCCGUCCUCCUCCUCCGCCAUCACGCUCCCGCUCCAUGGCAACGUCUAUCCUGUCGGCCACUACUAUGUUACGUUGCAGAUUGGUAAACCCCUGAAGCACUACUUCUUGGACAUCCACACCGGAAGCAACCUCACCUGGCUGGAGUGUCAGCACCCGCACCUCGGCUGCCAGCACUGCACCCAGGGGCAUAAACACUCAUAUUACUCGCCAAAACUUAGCAACUUGAAGGUGGGAUGUCAACACAUGUACUGUGUUGCACUGCGGAAAGACCUGCCAGGUAUUAACCCUCAAUGCCCCAUCAAGGAGCCACAUCAAUGCCACUACAAAAUUCGAUACCUCGAUGGGACGACAGAAGGUGUUCUCUCCCUUGACAAGAUCUCUGUCGGGGGAAAGGAAAACAAUAUUGCGUUAGGAUGUGGAUACAACCAGCACCCACGGAAACCAUCGCCCGUACAUGGCAUCCUUGCCCUUGGGAUGGGAACGGUGGGUUUUGUCCCGCAACUCAAGUUGCAGAAGAUGAUUUCCAAGAACAUCAUUGGGCAUUGCCUUGGCAAGGAUGGAGGGGGCUACCUCUUCUUUGGGGACAAGCAGUUUGGCUCGGAAGGCAUAACCUGGGCACCCAUGAGAAGAUACGAACUUUUCUACUCACCUGGUCAAGCAAAACUACACCUAGACGGACAGCCAGAGCCUAUAUACAAGCAUGGAGUGAAUGCUGUCUUUGACAGUGGUUCCACCUACACCUACAUACCUGCCCGGAUAUACAAUCCCUUUGUUCAUACGGUGAGACAUAUGAUCGGCAGUUCACACCGCGAGGUGCAUGAUCAUGACCUGCCACAUUGCUGGAAAUUCAAAUCUAUCGACGAGGUUAAGAGGUUGUUCAAGCCACUGUCAUUGCAGUUUGACAACAAAAUUGCCAUGCAUAUCCCUGCUAUGAACUACCUCAUCCACACGAGAAGCAAUAAUUGGUGCCUGGCCAUCCUCAACGGAACACACGUUGGUGAAGACCGACGGAUCUUGAUUGGAGACGCUACAAUGCGGGAUAUGCUUGUGAUAUACGACAAUCAGGAUGGUAGGCUGGGAUGGGUUCACCAACAAGAGUGCACCAGGCCUCAUCCUGCUUCGCGUCUCUGA